GCAUCGUGUACUAGCGACACAGUUUCUUCUCGGUACUUGAAUCCGGUCACGACGUAUACUUACUUUCGUAUAGACGGUUUACUAGGGCGAGGAUCUAAGAAUUGGAAGAGACAAGGAACACCGAACGAAUCGACGACAAACCUAGCUGUUAGCAACCCUUAAGUCGCCUGGAUAAAAGAACGCACGGAGAAGUAUCAUGGGAGACACCAAUAACUGGCAAGCGCCUAAACCGGCGGCACCUAGCGAGGAAGUAUACACGACAUCUUCCUCGCCAUCGUUCCAAGAGAGAGAAAAGGGCAGCGCACCGAAUGCCGAUGCGUCAGUACUAGUAGCGCUAGAUGAGAAGAUUCCAGACGCGGCGGUAACGACAGACUCCCUGACGUCGGAGCACACGCUGAUAGACGGAGCCGAGAAUAAUGAAUACGUCACGGGGUACAAGCUCGCACUCCUGCUGUUCAGCGUCACGACCUUUUUCUUCUUGCUCAUGCUGGACAUGUCGAUCAUCAGUACGGCUGUACCGCAGAUCACGUCGGAUUUCCAUAGUUUACCGGAUAUUGGAUGGUAUAGCGGUGCUUAUCAACUAGCUGGUGCCACGCUCCAGCCCCUGACGGGGAAGCUGUAUGCCCGUGUUAGCGCAAAAUGGGUGUUCCUGUUCUUCUUUUUCAUCUUCGAAGUUGGUUCCCUGAUAUGCGCCGUCUCCCAGUCUUCGGCCAUGUUCAUCAUCGGUCGAGCUGUUGCCGGUGUGGGUAGUUCGGGACUCCAGAACGGCUCGUUGACUGUUAUUGCUGGUGCCGCGCCUUUGGAUAAGCAGCCGAUGUAUGUGGCUUAUAUGAUGGCCUUUGGUCAGAUCGGCCUUAUUGCUGGUCCAUUGAUAGGAGGUGUCUUUACGCAGUAUGUGACCUGGCGAUGGUGCUUCUACAUCAACUUGCCGCUCGGCGGCCUCGCUGGGAUCUUUCUAGCUUUCAUGCAUGUACCCGACCAAACACUCAAGCCGCAAGUCUCAUUCAAGCUGCUCCGCGAAGUCAUCCCGCAACUCGACCUUAUCGGCUUCGCCAUAUUUGCUCCAUCCGCCGUCAUGUUGUUACUAGCUUUGCAAUUUGGUUCAUCCCAGUACCCCUGGAACUCGUCGACCGUGAUUGGCCUCUUUGUUGGUGCGGGCGUAACUUUCCCCAUUUUCCUAUGGUGGGAACGCCGUCAAGGCGACCAGGCGAUGCUUCCCUUUUCAAUGAUAGGCAGACGAAUUGUUUGGGUUAGCGCCUUAUACGGUGCUGCUUUGAUGACAAGUAUAUUCGUCGGGGCUCAGUUCUUCCCGAUCUAUUUCCAGUCUGUUAAGGGCGUAGGGCCGACAAUGAGCGGUGUCGAUAUGCUGCCGAGUAUAUUGUCGAGUGUGGCAUUCAUCCUCGUUUCUGGGGCAUUGUUGGGGAGACUCGGAUAUUACCUCCCAUGGGGAGCAUUUGCUGGAGCAGCUACUGCGGUUGCUGCUGGCAUGAUAUCAAUGUGGGGACCUGACACUACGACGGCGUUCUGGAUUGGCACUCAAAUCUUGUACGGAGCUCGUGGCUGCGGCAUACAGAUCGGGUUGGUAGCUCUUCAGAACAACCUUCCACCCGCGCAGAGUGCAUUGGGUGUUGCAUUCCUUAUAUUCUGUCAAAACUUCGCUGCGGCGGUCUUUUCCGUGGUUGCGAAUACCAUCUUUCAACAGACGUUGCAGAAACAGAUCACGAUACUUGCACCCUCCGUCGACCCGGCCAUGGCCUUGGCUGCGGGUGGUAGUGCGGAAGCGGUGCGAGCCUUAGCCCCACCGGACAGCCCGGAGCUCCGUGGAGUGCUCUUGGCGUUUUCCAAGGCCUUUAAUUCGACUGCCUACUUGCUGAUUGCUUGCGCGUCUCUAAGCUUCGUGGCAUCUUGGGGUAUGGGAUGGGUUGACGUAAGGAAGAAGAAGCAAACCGAGAAAGGAGAGGCGUAAGAGAUGCCUUGGACUGGUCGAUUGGUGGUAUUGAUACUCUAUUCAUUAAUUUAUAGGCAUUAAAUUCGGCCUUAAAGAUUGAUUGAAGCGUUCGGAUAUAAAGGAUUCAUAUAGGGAUGGAAUAGAAGGAUAGCCCCUUUCAACUCGGGCAUAGUAAAACUGUAUAGAUACCUAUAUAUAAUAAUAGUCGUCAAAACCUCCUGACCUACAUAUCACUCUUUACUAGCUAGGGGAAGUUUCAAAGAGGAUAACGAUGUGCUAGGGCAUUAAAUAUAUAGGUACGAGGUGUAUAUGUGAUAAAACAAGAACUGAAUAUGAAAAAAGAUUGAAUCUUUGUAAGUAUAGCCUAUAAGCAACGAAUAAUUAACGGAUUCCGUCGUAUCCGAGGGGCUGCCGGUUUCUCGUAGACCGGAUAAACCGCGUAGCCAAGGAAGUACGGAGAGUUAAUUAGCAUCUUCUCAAUUUAUCAGUAAUCGACACUGAGAUAUAUGCGCUUGUAAUUAAUUAUAUACGGGUAGGCUUUGGCUGUAG